AUGAUAAGUACUCCCGAUGACAGGAAACAAUGGACACCUCUUCAUUAUGCUGUUGACUGUAAUAAUGUGGAUUUAUGUCGUUGGUUAACAUCGAAAGAAGGUCAAUAUCAAUGUGAUGUCAACCUUCUCACUGGUAUUGGUGAAAAUGUUUUACAUGUGAUAGCUCAAUCGAAUUGCAUAUGGGCAAAUCAAUCAAAAAAUGAAAAUCCAUUGCGUAUGAUCGAAUUACUUAUUAAAGAUUGUGGUGCCGAUGUCAAUCAUGCUGAUGACGAAGGUCGUACUCCUUUGCAUCUGGCUGCAAUGCGUGGUCGACGUCCUUAUAUCAAAUAUUUGAUCUAUCAUGGAGCAAAAGUUGACGCAUUAACCAAAGUUAACGCAAGUGUACUACAUUAUUCCGUCCUUUCUAUAAAUCCUAUGAAUGCAGAAGAACUUCUUACUCUAGUGAAAUAUAUAAAGAAAAAAUCAUCAAAGCAAAGCAAAGAUCUUUUAAAUCUUUGUACACUUGACAACAUGACACCUCUUGUCUUUGUGGCAUCUCAUCCAGCUAUGACACGUCCGUCAUCAAAUGACAAAAAGGAAGCGCAACAAAAGUCUAAGAAUUCUCUCAUGGAAAUAUUUACUGAAACCGUGAAGGACGAAGAACAAAUUAUAAUUGUAUUCGAUGUAAUCGCUCGACGUAAACACCAUCAGGAGUUUGAUCAUUUAAAAUGUCUUCUUGAAGUAUCUUCGCCUGAAAAUCAAGAACAACUAGUUCAUGUGGCGUGUCGUCAUGACAAUGCAAAUCUUCUCGAAUGGCUUUUAAAUCAACAAGAAUUAAAUGAACAUUCUAUCUCGACGAACCAAGCUGAGUAUACACCAUUACUAACAGCGACAUGUUUUGCAUUACUUUCAAAUACACGUCGAUUAGAACUUUUCAAAUCUCCAUAA